UCCCGUUUACGCGAAGGAAUUAUCGUAAGUUACUACAGAAGAAACGCUCGCGUAAACGUAGUAAUAGGUAACCACUUCUCUCCAACCUUGCCCGAUACCGAUGAGUUAGCAACCCUGUUCCGUGGGAUAUGGCGUGAAAAAUCAAUAGUGCGCGCGUCAGUGUACACCGUACGUUCGUAUGGUCGCUCUCGUAUUUUAGCCCCUGAUUGGAAAAUUACGCGAACGAACUGCAGCGGAUUCUUUACCUGUGCCGUAUACAGCACCCUACCCAUGAAAUCCCUUAUGAAUUGUAAGCGUUAUGCAAACGGCAAAUAUUUAUCAAGACAUUUACAGAUAGAGGUAGUGUCGUCUAUUACCACGCAAUAAAGUGGAAGUUACAGUACAGGAUAAGGCGUUCCUGAAGAUGAUGGACGGAGCCGGAUUGGGAUACUCAUAUCACCUCCCAUCCGCCGGUUGGAAUCUGAAAAUCAGAAAUGCAUUGUCGCAGUUCAGUGAUCUUUUUAGCGAAUUUAACAAGUAUAUCGCACCGGCUUAUCAUCAUGACCGCUGCGAAAGAUCUGUACAAAUGCGCUUAUACUCGAUGCACAAGAGGGAAUUUGUCAUGGUGUUUGUUGCUUUUUUUGCGUGUUUCGGAUUAGCGAUUUUUAUUGGCCUGGCCGGACCACCUAUAACGUCGACCAGUGAACAGAAAGCGCAUUUAAACGGCAGCGAGAUGGCCACUGGUCCAUUCAUCAUGAAGACACCUCUAUUGUCUACAUAUAGCCAGCAAUUAUGGGUCAUUGCUAAGCUAUCGACAUCGAAUAAUGACGAUGAGAGAUACGACAAAGGGUUUCAAGUUAGUGUUUCCAUAGACGGUAUCACUGCUGAUCGCAAGCCCGUGUCCGUACUACCCCCGGAAACUGGACAUAAUCGAACCAGACAUUUGAAAUGUGAAAGGCAAUCCUGCGAGGAACUAGUCGUCGCCCACCUCGGAUUCCUUGAUUAUAGCUACUACAUAAUCACUGUCCGCUUCCAUGGACUUGAAAGCUUCCAUCAGCGAUACACUAUACGAGAACUCACAUUCUACUUUAAGAACUACAAUCCGGCGUUCACGCAGAUCGAAAUCUGGUUCCGACUGAUCUUCUUAUUGACCACGUUCGGAGUGAUGUGCUGGUUCGGCCAUUCGCUUAGAAAGUAUCCGCUGCAUGAUUGGUCAAUAGAACAAAAGUGGAUCUCUAUACUUCUUCCAUUACUGAUUCUGUACAAUAAUCCGCUGUUCCCCAUGAUCUUCUUGAUAAACUCUUGGGUACCCGGUAUGCUGGAUGCAAUUCUGCAAACAACUUUCCUAUGUGCUAUCCUCAUGUUCUGGCUCUGUGUCUAUCAUGGUCUUAGACAGAACGAGAGACGGCUUAUCACGUUUUAUCUGCCCAAGCUCUUAGUUGUGGGUAUGUUAUGGGGUGCAGCAUUGACUCUCGCCACAUGGCUUCGUUGCACCGAGUUGGAGGAUCCUACUUAUAAUUAUGUUCUCGAUACAUCGAAUUACUACGGCUUCAAGGUAUUCUUCUUCACGGUGGGUGGUUUCUACAUCGCAUAUCUAUUGCUUCUUAUAUUAAAAGCAUACAGCGAACUACGAUCUAUGCCAUACUUUGAUUUACGUCUGCGGUUUUUGACCCUGCUUGCUGCGGUGGUCGCCGGCGUUUGCAGUUUGGUCACCGCACGUCAAUUCGGAGCCGGUGUAUUGGAGGACAGCUUCGCUUCUCGUCUUUCUACUUAUUACCGCACGUCCGCGCAGUUCAUGGCUCUUUAUGGUCUCCUCAAUUUUUAUUUAUACACCAUGGCAUACGUUUACGCGCCUGCGCUUCAACAGGUCUAUGGGCAACACUCAUCGAUAACGAAAGAUAGCCCUGCGUUUUCGAUGUUCAAUGAUUCUGAGGAGGAAGUAAUAUACGGAUCGGACGAGGAUAGUCGGCGACCACUAACUCGUACUCCACGAAACGCAGAGGACAGUGACUGAGGGCCUUAAAAAAAACAAUUUCAUACUUUGUGCUAAUCGAAACAUAGAUCGUUAAAUGGAAAAAAACAAUGAGAAAACUUUUGAUUCAUGUUUCUACUGUGAUUCGCAGUCAUACUGCCAUCACAUUAAAAGUUGAAAAAAACUAAUUAACUAAAAAUUCGUGUAAGUAGUUUGUUGAAGAAUCAAAUGUUAAUUGUAAAUGUAAACGAAGACUUUGUAUCAUGUUUACGCAAGCUUCAAGAAAGAUGCAUACUGUACAUAAAUUACAAAUAUAUACUGAUAAUGUGAAUUUAUGUAUUAUUGCAUUGUGUAGAGUAGGUAGUCCAACAAUGAACCAUGUAAAUUUCAGAGGCUUAUAUCUCUCUCAAUUAUUGAGUUGGAGAUCUAUGUUUUUGCAUACAGUUUAUGAAUUUGGUUGGCUACAUACUGUAUAAGAUGACUUAUAAGUUAUUUUUAAAGUUUAGCCACAAUUUCGAUUUUUUUAAAACAAUGUCAAAUGGUUCAUUGUGUACAGGGGUGUGUACCACACACAAUAAACCUAGCUAUUUUUAACAAUAAACCACAUGUUUUAUACUGUAAA